CCCCGGCUCUCCCCCUGAGUCUCCAAACUCUCUCUCUCUCUCUCGCUCUCCUCCCCUCGCUCUCUCACCUUCUGCCUCGUCAUUCUCCCGGGCGCUGUCGCAGGCUCCGCACGGGCCGGUACCUCCUGCUGUUUUUAAGGGGGUAUUAUGGGAUGGGGCCUGCUCUGCUUUUCUUGACUAAUGAGCUUAGCCUGGACGGGGCGACUCGUUCAGCUCGGAUCGGUCUGCAGCUAGAGGGGCUCGUCUGAUGCGGUCGGAGAGGAGAGGAGCGUGGACAUAGCUUCAGACCCCUGUUUACUACGUAACCCCCCCCUCCUCCUCCUCCACCUCCUCCUCUUCCUCUCUCCCCUCCUCAUCUGGCAGCUCUCUACUCUGACUCUACCUGAGCCCUCCUCUCUCCCUCUCUCCCUCUCUCCCUCCCUCUCUCCCUCUCUCUCUCUCUCUCCCUCGCUCUCCUUCACUGCCUCAGAUCCAGGGCAGUAAGUUACUGCGUUUGUAUCUGCAUCCCUCUCCCGGGCUGCAGUCUGUCGCUGCCCCUCUUUCCUCUCUCUCCCCCCCUCUCUCUCUCUCCCUCACUCUCUCUCUCCCUUAUCUUUUAUCCGUCCCUUCUUCCUCCUCGUGUACCGAUCUGGAUUCCUCUUCGUUCUUCUUAUCAGCGCCCUCAUUACCCCGCCAAAAUGUAUCGGAACCCGUGGAUUUCGAAUUACCUGACUCACGUCAAGUUCUGCAGCCAAGGACUUGGCGGAGAGACGCCGGCCAAACUUGGCAACCCGAGAUCAUUCCAGAAGAGGGCUCUCAGCUUCCACAAAGAGUUCUCAGUGGAGGAGAAGGACGACCCUGCCGUAGCCCCCGGGGACAUCGAUGUCCGACUCAUCACCCAGCUCCCUAAAGUCUCAGAGUUAAGGAAACACUUCGAGGGCAUCACCACAAGCCUGAGCGACUGGGAGAUGAACAGGAAGGAGCGUAUCGCGCGGCGCCUGGAGGGCAUCGAGGGGGAGGGGCCUCCCAGCCUGGUGGCCAAUCGGCUGCUGGAGGAGGACACGCCCCGCUACACCCGGGCCUCCGACUGCUGCGACCCCUGUACUGUCAGUGUCCAGAGGUACGGCCCCGACGCCCUGCAGGGGCCCCACGCCUACCACCCCGCCGCGGACCCCCCGGCCAGGGGCCCCCGCAGCACCGAGCCUCAGCCGGCCCCCCACACCCUCGCCCCCGGCCGCACCCCCGCCCGCACCUCCGCCCUCCCCGACCCCGACUCCAAGGCGGAGCGCAUCGCCCGCUACAAGGCGGAGCGGCGCCGGCAGCUGGCCGAGCGCUACGGCCUCUCCCUGGACCUGGAGCCCCCCGAGGGGGACCCCGCCCCCCGCCGCGAGGGGGGGGACCCCGGCCCCCGCCGCGCCCGGGCCGAGUCCGAGAGCUCGGACCCCCGGCCGCGGACGGGGUCCCUUGGGGAGGACGGCUGGGAGCGGCAGGCGUCCUGCGGCAACGCCCCCGUCAACAGCCCCCGGGCGGGCCGCACCGCCCCCCCCGUCCACCAGGGGCUCCCCGGGACGGAGGCGGGGCGCGGCCAGGCGGAGCCGCUCAGCGAGCGCGAGCGGCGGAUGAACCUGGAGAACCAGCGCCGGGCCCCGCAGGAGGCCCCCGUCACCGUGGAGCCGGGGCCCUUCGGCUCCUCCUACAUGGAGGUCUCCGCGGCCCCCGGCCUGCCGCCCAGCUCCCCCCAGACGGGCAGGCGGGCCUCGGGGCCCCCCCAGCAUGGGGCCUCUCCGGGGGACCUGUACAUCCAGCAGCAGACCCACAACGUCCUCACGCGCCACGGAAUCCGAGUGAGGGAGCGCCUGGCCCGGGACGGGGGCCGCCAGAGGAGCCCCGAACCGGGACCCGCGCCUGAACCCCUCCAGGCCUACCGGAGGCCCACCCGAGGCCCCCCGACCCAGUCCUGCAGUCAGCACCCCACAGACCCGGCGGCCUGCCACCAGGCCCCGAGCUCCGGUCAGCACCCCACAGACCCCCCGCCCCGCCCCCUGACCCAGGCCUGUGGCCCCACCUACCUGUCCAUGGCCGUGGCCCCGGGCCCCCAGGACCCACAGCCCCAGCUCCGCAGCGGAGCGGAGGAGGGCGGGACGGAGGCGCAGACGUCCGGGCUCCUGAACAGCAGGAAGGCCGUGCUGCCGUCGGAGGUCCGCCGCCGGGAGAAGAGCACGGAGGACCCCCGGAGAGGCUGGGCGGACCGGGAGCCCCAUCGGUCCCCCAGGGCCCGGAGCCUGGGCCUGGCCUUGGGGGCGGAGGAGGCCCCGGGGGGAACCAGAGGACCGGGCCCCAGGGGGAGGACCGGACCCGGGCGGGAGGACGCAGGGGAGGUUCUCACCGGACCCCUAGAGCAGGGCUCCCACCACGACCACCACCACCACCCUCCUCCUCCCGCCGACGCCGUCAGACCGAGGGCGGAGGAGCAGCACGGCCUCAGAGGCCCCGCCCCCGCUCCCGAGCAGACCAGGGCGGGGCACGCCGCCGCCGCACCGGAGCGGUCCGGCGGCCAGCGGAGCCGGCGCCCCCAGACCCUGGGGUCUCGGGACGCCCCGGACCCCGAGGGCCACCGGAGCAGCCGCGGGGGGAUCAGUAACGGAGGGAGCCACGAGGACGCCCAGAUGUCUGUGGCCCAGCUCAGGCACUCCUACCUGGACAGUACCUCCACCACCACCACCCCCGCCGCCGCCAUCACCCAGAGGCCCGAGCUGGAGGUGCUGCCUGGCCCAGGGGCCCCCUGGAGAGGGGAAAGGGGGCGCAGGCCUAGGCAGUACGUGGAUCCCGGGGAGAGUAGGAAGACCUCAGAGAGGUUUAAGACCCAGCCCAUCACCUCUGCUGAGCACCACGAGACCUCUAGGUCCUGUGUCAUCUCUGAUCUGAGCAGCGCUGAGGCUGACGAGCAGACUCUGGACGAGAGAGCCAAGCUGAGUGUAGCGGCCAAGCGGUCUCUCUUUAGGGAGCUGGAGCGGAGCGCGGACCCCGGGGGGGCCAAGCCCCGCCCCCGCAACGCGGCGGUGGAGCGGAGGCUGCGGAGGGGACAGGACCGCUCCAGGACCCAGCCCGUCACCACCGAGGAGGUGGUCAUCGCCGCCACCCUGCAGGCCUCGUCCCAGCAGAGCUCCGCCGUGCGGGAGGCCCGGCUGGCCCAGGACGCGCAGGAGGCCCGCGCCUCCCAGCAGCACCAGCAGGGGGCGACGUCCACCCAGGAGCCCCACACCCAGGACCCCAGGGGCCCCGGGCCCGCCCAGAGCCAAGGGCCGGAGGAGCCGGACCUGUGCAGCCUCAGCCUGGCGGAGAAGAUGGCGCUGUUCAACCGGCUGGCCCAGCCGCCCACCCGGGUGGUCCGCGCCAAGGGGGACUCCCGCCAGCGCCGCGGAAACGCCCGCUACCAGACCCAGCCAAUCACACUGGGCGAUAUGGAGCAGGACCUCUCAGACCUGAGCUCCGACGGGCUGACGCGCUCUGACUCCUCCCACAGCCCCAUAGAGGCCUUCCACCUCCACAAUGCCCCUGGUACGAGGGCUGGCCCCCACUCUUCUAAAUCAACCCAGUCCGUGACCCUGAGGACCGGGGGCACGGUCUCCACGGGCCACGCCGGGGACCUCCAGCUCGCCGCCGCCCCCUCCCAGAGGGCGUCGCGGGCCCCCGUGUCCCAGGGGGAGGAGGGCGUGGCAGCUAGGGAGGGGAAGAGGAAGCUGCCGUCCCCUGAGGCAGCGCCCCGACAGUCUGCCCUCCCCCAGCCCCCAAGGGAGAGGAGGAGUAGAGAGAGGGAGGAGGAGGAGGAGGAGAGGAGGAGCAGAGAGAGGGAGGAGGAGGAGGAGAGGAGGAGCAGAGAGGAGGAGGAGCAGAGGCAGCUCUCUAGGGAGAGGAGGAGCAGAGAGAGGGAGGAGGAGGAGCAGAGGCAGCUCUCUAGGGAGAGGAGGAGCAGAGAGAGGGAGGAGGCAGACGAGGUGGAGGAGGAGCAGCUGGCCAGGGGGAAGGGGAGGGGGCAGGGGGCGCGGCUGGGCUCAGAGAGCCAGGAGCUCCAGAGGAGAGAGGAGCACGCCGUCGCGCUGAAGGAGCCGCUGGAACUACACUUCCCAGAAUCCCACAGGAGCUGGUCUGUCGGAGAAGAGCCCCCAGAGUCUUCCAGACCAGACCCCCGGUCUGCUCAGCGCCCCCCGGGGGGGGACCUCGCCAUGGACCUGGGCGGAGUCACCUACCAGUUCGACGAGCCUGACCUGGUGACCGACCGCACCAGGAAGCUGACCGCCAGACAGAUGUCAAUCAAGGACCGCCUGGCGCUGCUGAAGAAGAGCGGCGAGGAGGACUGGAGGAACCGCAUCAACAGGAAGCAGGAAGCCGGCGCGACGACGGCGGCGGCGGUGAUGGCGGACACCAGCGCCCCCCUGUGGGAGUCGGAGCGGAACCUCCGGAAGGAAGGCGAGGCAGCCAUGGUGAUUGAUGGGUGUGAUGUGUCAGAAGAGCUCUGGGAGCCCACCUUCUCCUCCACGGUCUCGCUUGCUUCUGAGCUCCCGCUCUACACCUACCCCGCCAGCGAGCCCAGCAGCCAGGCCUCUAGAUCCCUGCUGGUGGACGAGAGACAUCCCUGGAGGAGGAAGAGGGUGGAGGAGGGCGACCAUGAGGCCAAGCUCUCCAUCCAGGAGAGGAAGAGGCUGAUGGAGGCACGGGAGGAGGCCUGGAAGACCACCGGCCGAGGGGCCGCCAACGACUCCACGCAGUUCACCGUGGCCGCCCGCAUGGUCAAGAAAGGGCUGGCCUCCCCCACGACCCUCCACUCCUCCCCCCCGGCCAAACCCAAGAGCAGCGCCCUGGCCAUCUCCAAACCCCAGGAGGACGGAGGAGAGAUUUCCGCCCCUGAAGAGAUCAAGGCCCUGGCAGAUAUGGACUUUGAAUCAGACGGGAAGCUGGAUAAACUGGAGUCUUUCCUUGGCAAGAUCAACAGCAAAGGGUCUGGUCUGCGUGAGGCCACCGUCACGGUGACCCAGCAGAAGGUGAAGGAGGUGAUGAGCCUGGAGGACGAGACCUUCUCCAGGUUCUACCCCCGCGUGGCGGACCCCCCCGCUCCCAGCGGCGGCGGCGCCGAGAUCUACGAGGACUUCGACGCCAUCUUUGACCCCCUGUUGCCACGGCUGACGUCGGACAUGGUGCAGCACCGGCGGGCGGUCCGGCCCACGCGGAACGUGGCGUCGUCCAGGAACCCCCUGAAGAAGCUGGCGGCGCGGCAGGACCUGCUGCAGGAGUACACGGAGCAGAGGCUCAACGUCGGGCUGCUGGAGAGCAAGAGGAUGAACGCCCAGAAGAUGAGUCAGAACUCGGGGUUCUCGGAGGUGGCCCUGGCCGGCCUGGCCAGUAAGGAGAACUUCAGCAGCGUCAGCCUGCGCAGCGUCAACAUCUCCGAGCAGAUGUCCAACAGCGCUGCCCCUUACAAGAAGCUCAUGCUACUGCAGGUCAAAGGUCGACGGCACAUCCAGACCCGGCUGGUGGAGCCCCGAGCGUCGUCCCUGAACAGCGGGGACUGCUUCCUGCUAGUCACGCCCCACCACUGCUUCGUCUGGACGGGGGAGUUCGCCAACGUCAUCGAGAGGAACAAGGCCAAAGAGCUGGCCAACUUUGUGCAGACCAAGCGGGACUUGGGUUGCCGGGCCAACUACGUCCAGAUCAUCGAGGAGGGCGGGACCACGAGCUCCGCCGCCUCCAAGGAGUUCUGGAAGAUUCUAGGAGGCCAAGCGGACUACCAGUCCGCCGGCACCCCAGACGAGGACGAGCUGUACGAGGGAGCCAUCGUGGAGACCAACUGCAUCUACCGCCUGGUGGACGACAAGCUGGUGCCGGACGAUGACUUCUGGGCCAAGGUUCCCCGCUGUGCUCUGCUUGACCCCAAGGAGGUGCUGGUGUUCGACUUCGGCAGUGAGAUGUACAUCUGGCACGGCAAGGAGGUGACCCUGGCCCAGAGGAAGGUGGCCUUCCAACUGGCCAAGCACUUGUGGAACGGCACCUUCGAUUACACCUGCUGUGACAUCAACCCCCUGGACCCGGGGGAGUGCAACCCCCUCAUACCCAAGAAGGGCCAGGGCCGUCCCGACUGGGCGGUGUUCGGCCGGCUCACGCAGCACAACGAGACCACGCUGUUCAAGGAGAAGUUCCUGGACUGGAGCGAGAAGAGGAAGUUCUCCAGCCCCACCAGGAACGGCUCCGUCAACGCCGCCGACCACAACGAGCCCCCCGUGUCUGACCCCCCCCGGGCGUACGACCCCUCCCUGAUGCUGGCGGGCCCCGGGGGGCCGGUUCGCACUGUGCUGGACGGCGCGGACGUGGGGCGGGGCUACGGCCUGGUGGAGGGCGAGGAGAGGCGGAGCCAGCAGGUCAGCACCAUGGCGACGGAGGUGUGGCACAUCCUGGAGUUCGACUACAGCCGCCUCCCCCAGCAGAGCAUUGGCCAGUUCCACGAGGGCGACGCCUACGUGGUCAAGUGGAAGUACAUGGUCAGCACCGCCGUGGGGAAGAGGCAGAACCCAGAGCAGGCGCGGACGGCGGGCGCGGGGAAGGAGAAGUGCUGCUACUUCUUCUGGCAGGGCCGCAACGCCACCGUCAGCGAGAAGGGGGCCUCCGCCCUCAUGACCGUGGAGCUGGACGAGGAGAGGGGCGCCCAGGUCCAGGUCCUGCAGGGUAAGGAGCCCCCCUGCUUCCUCCAGUGCUUCAGAGGAGGGAUGGUGGUCCACUCAGGGAGGAGAGAGGAGGAGGAGGACAUGUCUCAGAAUGACUGGCGUCUGUACUGCGUGCGCGGGGAGGUGGCGCAGGAGGGCCACCUGCUGGAGGUGGUGUGUCACUGCAGCAGCCUGCGCUCGCGGGUCUCCAUGGUGAUGGUGGGCGUGGGCCAGGCCCUCAUCUAUCUGUGGCACGGCUGCAAGGCCCAGGCGCACACGCGGGACGUGGCCCUCACUGCCGCCCGCAGCAUCAAGGAGCACUGUCCUCUGGAGGCGGGGCUUCACAGCAGCAGUCAGGUGACCAUCGUGGAGUGUGACGAGGGGGCGGAGCCCACCGGCUUCUGGGAAGCCCUGGGGAGGCGGGACCGGAAGGCCUACGACUGCAUGCUGCAAGACCCGGGACGGUUCAGCUUCACGCCGCGCCUCUACCAGCUGGGCAGCAGCUCGGGGGAGUUCCGGGCGGUGGAGCUGCUGUACCCGGCGCGGGUCCCGGAGCAGGUCAACCCCCAGCCCUUUCUCCAGGAGGACCUGUACACCGCCGCCCAGCCCGCUCUGUUCCUGGUGGACAACCACCACGAGGUGUACCUGUGGCAGGGCUGGUGGGCCCAGGACAGCCUGGUCACCGGCUCGGCCCGCAUCCGCUGGGACACGGACCGCAAGGCCGCCAUGGAGACGGUGCUGCGCUACUGUCGAGAGAAGAACGCUAAGAAGCCCCCCAAGUCGUACCUGAUCCACGCGGGCCUGGAGCCGCUCACCUUCACCAACAUGUUCCCCUGCUGGGAGCACCGCGAGGACGUGGCCGAGAUCACCGAGAGGGACGCGGAGGUGUGUAACCAGAUAAUCCUGGUGGAGGACGUCCUGGCCCGGCUCUGUAAGACGGCCUACCCCCUGGCGGACCUGCUGGCCCGGCCCCUCCCCGAGGGCGUGGACCCCCUGCGGCUGGAGGUGUACCUGUCCGACGAGGACUUCGAGAAUGGCCUGGAGAUGAGCAGAGAGGAGUAUGACCUUCUACCCGGCUGGAAGCAGGUGAACGUGAAGAAAGCUAGAGGACUCUUCUAGAAAGUUUGACGGUGGUGAACAGCUGAGUGGCACACACUCUGUCGGACAUUGAGUGACACACGCACACACAUGGACAAACACACACGGAUACACAGACGCACACAGACACACGCAACAAUACACACGUCAACAAGAAAGGUUUGAAACUCUGGACUCUGGACUUUCCCUAAGAUCUUUUUGUCCUUGAUGGGCGAGGACUCAGGAGCGACCCUGGAUCCGUUUCCUGCCGUGUCCCCCCCCCCCCCCCCACUGGCGCCCAUACCCCCCUCCCUUCCUUGGCCCCGUUUGCGUUUGCGUCAAAUUGUUUGUCUUUAUGGAUGGAAUGAGUUUGAUGCCCGGCUAAUGCUGCCUUAUUUUAAUUAUGUCGUGAAGUCUUGUUUUCAUUAAAUCCUCCCACCUUGUAGGAUGUAUAUAUGCAUAGGCUGGCCCAGGUGUGUGUGUGUGUGUGUGUGUGUGUGUGUGUGUGUGUGUGUGUGUGUGUGUGUGUGUGUGUGUGUGUGUGUGUGUGUGUGUGUGUGUGUGUGUGUGUGUGUGUGUGUGUGUGUGUGUGUGUGGCUCACCGCGACUAACCCUCCGCUAUCCUCGUGACUUUGUGCAUUAAAUGUAAUUCAUAUUUCUAUAGAAGGUAUAUAGGACUUUUUGAGUCUUUUUGAUUAUUUGGUGAGACUCGAGAGAAAAAGCCGGAUGUCAGGUGUCAUGUGAUGUUAAUGUGUGUCCAUUUACUGCGACCGUGUGUACAGUUAGCCACGCCCCCUUUACAAUAACAACCAAUGAGGCUCGGAGCUAGUGGCUCGGAGCUACGGGAGAUGUUUUGGAUUUUUAAAUCCUGAGAUACAGUGUACAGUGCCUUGCUUUCCUGUACAGUUUAUAUAUAAAGAGCCUAGUCUGCAUUUUUGAAGACUCAUUUUGUGACAUAAUGAAUAGUAAGAGAAACUAAUAGAGAAAUAAACGCUAAUUCUGAAA